UACUGACAGUUGCGUCUGUUGUGUAGAUUGCGGCCCAGUGAUUCCCGGGAUUCGGUACCGGCACUAUGGCCCCUCGGCUGCAACUGGAGAAGGCGGCUUGGCGCUGGACUGAAGGCGUCCGCCCGGAGGACGUCACCCUGGAGCACAUUGAGAUUGCUUACCGCGUCCGCCUGGAGCCCUGCGUCCGGGGGCUGUGCCGGAGGAACUGUAAAGGAAAUCCUAACUGCUUGGUUGGUGUUGGGGAACACAUCUGGCUGGGGGAGAUUGAUGAGAACAGCUUCCACAAUAUCGAUGAUCCAAACUGUGAGCGACGGAAGAAGAACACGUUUGUCGGGUUGACCAAUCUGGGGGCCACAUGUUACGUGAACACGUUUGUCCAAGUCUGGUUCCUGAACAUGGAGCUUCGGCGAGCCUUCUAUCUGUACGAUAACCCUUUGAGUGUGGAGAAGGCUGAGGAGUGCAUCCAAGAAGACAAAGAGUACGAGCCGCAGAGCAUAUGUGAACACCUGCAGUACCUGUUUGCUUUGCUGCAGAAUAGCAACAGACGAUACAUUGACCCAUCAGGCUUCAUCCGGGCACUUGGGCUGGACACAGGGCAGCAGCAGGACGCCCAGGAAUUCUCCAAGCUGUUCAUGAGUCUGUUGGAAAAUAAGUUAUCCCGACAAAAGGAUCCUUAUGUGCGGGACAUCAUCCAGAACCAGUUCUGUGGCCAGUAUGCCUACGUCACUGUUUGUAAUCGCUGUGGCCGAGAAUCUAAGUUGGUCUCUAAGUUUUAUGAGCUGGAGCUGAAUAUCCAAGGACACAAGCAGCUGACGGACUGCGUCACAGAGUUCUUAAAGGAGGAGAAGUUGGAAGGAGACAAUCGAUAUUUCUGUGAAAACUGUCAGAGUAAGCAGAAUGCCACCCGAAAGAUCCGCCUGUUAAAGCUGCCACCCACACUCAACCUGCAGCUCAUGCGUUUCGUCUUUGACAGGCAAACGGGCCACAAGAAGAAGCUGAACACGUACAUUGGUUUUGGGGAAACCCUGGAAAUGGAUCCAUUCCUGGACCAGACAGACAGUCAAUAUGUGUAUGAGCUGAGUGCUGUCCUCAUCCACAGAGGGGUCAGCGCUUAUUCCGGACAUUACAUUGCCCACGUGAAGGACCCUCAGACCUCCGAGUGGUACAAGUUUAAUGAUGAGGAGAUAGAAAAGAUGGAAGGAAAGAAGCUGCAACUGGGAAUUGAGGAAGAACUAGCAGAGCCAUCUAAAGCUGCAACACGUAAACCCAAGUGUGCAAAGGGCAUCCAUUGCUCUCGAAACGCCUACAUGUUGGUGUAUAGGCUGAAGGUAGAAAAGAUGCCAGAGGUGGAGUGUGAGGUUCCAGUUUUCCUCCAGAAAUUGGUGGAGCUGGAUAACUGCAAGUUUGAGGAGUGGUGUGUGGAAAUGUCCGAGAUGCGGAGGGAGAGUGUGGAUAAAGGGAAAGCCAAACAUGAAGAGGUGAAGGAGCUGUACCAGAGGUUACCUGCAGGAGCUGAUAACGCAUAUGAAUUUAUUCCUCUUGAAUGGCUCCAGAAAUGGCUGGAUGAAUCCACACCAGCCAAGCCCAUCGACAAUUCCAAAUACCUAUGUACCCACGGCAAGCUGCAUCCUGACAAAAUCUCUCUUAUGAAAAGAAUUUCAGAGUACUCGGCCGAGGUCUUCUAUCAGAGAUACGAUGGUGGGCCGCGUCUAAAGGCUGAGUCUCUGUGCAAGGACUGUGUGGUAGAGAGGUGUCGGGUCUUGCGGCUGAAAAACCAACUAAAUGAAGACCACAAGAGCAUAGCAAACUUGGUGAAAGUUUCAGUGACCAGUGAUGAGGGCUUCUGGAUUGGCAAGUCGUCAUUACGACGAUGGCGACAGUUGGCUACUGAGCAGCUAGGCCAUCAUCAAGAUGAUGAGUUUGAUCAGGGAGACCUAAAGAUCAAUGGCAGCACCCCAAAGAAAGAAGAGUUGCUGGAGGAGAAAAGAGAAGAGGACUUAGAGACCGGGUUUAAUGAAGACAUAGUCUGCCAACAUGGCUGCCUUUGCACAUCAGAGGCCGAGAGGAGACUGAUAUCUGACGUUGCGUGGUUCAAGCUAAAGGAGUAUUUUCCUACAGCAUCCGAAUUCAGACACGACCAGGAGCCAUGCUGUCAGUGCCAGAUGUUAGAAAGAGAAGGAGAAAGAAAUGAUGCUCUGCAUAAGAAAAUGGCCAAUGAGCAGAAGCUUGCUCUUUCCAACCUCUUCCAGGACAAGAACCGUCCUUCCGGGGGCAGUUGGCCGCAGGAGACAUCGGAGUUGUACAUUGUGUCUCAGUUCUUUCUGGAGGAGUGGAAGAAGUUUAUAAGGAGGCCGACCAAGUCUGGCCCAGUACAGUCACUGGGGAACAGCCUCCUCCUCUGCCCACAUGGGGGUCUCAUGUUUUCCUUCUCUACAAUGACUAAGGAAGACUCUAAGCUUAUAGCUCUGCUUUGGCCUUCUGAGUGGGGCAUUCUUCAGAAACUCUUCAUUGUCGAUCACACCAUCAAGAUCUCCAGGAGGACAGUAACUGCCGAUGAGAACAAUGUAGCCACGAUCUACGUGUCUGAACCCGAGCUGUGUCCGGAGUGUCGGGAGGGAUUGUUGUGUCAGCAGGAGAGGGACCAGAGAGAGUAUGCACAAGCUACCAUCUAUGUGCACAAAGUGGUUGAUAAUAAGAAGGUCAUGAAGGAAGCAGCGCCUGAGCUAAACGUCAGCAGUUCAGACCCUGAAGAUGAGAAGGAUGAGCCCCGUCCUGAUGGAGAGAAUGAUCCAGACUUCAGUCAGGCUAAUGGAGCCGCAAAGAAGCAGAAGGUUUCUAUCCACGGACAGGUCUCCUAUCAGAAGCAGGGGAUUCGGAGAAGUACGCGGCACAGGAAAGUGCGGGGAGAGAAGGCGUUACUGGUCUCUGCUAACCAGACAUUGAAGGACCUGAAAAUCCAGAUCAUGCACGCUUUCUCUGUCGCUCCAUUCGAUCAGAACUUGUCUCUAGAUGGCAAGGUUUUGAAUGACGACUGUGCCACGCUGGGAUCUCUGGGAAUCGUCCCGGAAUCUGUUGUUUUACUAAAGGCAGAUGAGCCCAUUGCAGACUAUUCAGCCAUGGAUGACGUUAUGCAAGUUUGUAUGCCAGAGGAAGGAUUUAAAGGAACGGGUCUGCUGGGACAUUAGCAUUGAGCCUCCUCCUGAAGGGCAUCUUCCAUGCGCAGUAGAAGCGGAUUGUGACUCUUCCAGGAGGCGUCCGACGCCUCCACCUCCGAGCAUUGCCUUACAUGAACAUAGCAGAUUGCACUGAAGGACUGCAGCGAUAGAAGGACAAACUCUCUCUACUUUUUAUAUGUAAAUACAGAUGACGCCGUAUAUCUAUAAUAUAACUUGUUUACAUUGGGAUUCCACCUUCCAUGCCAUGUCUCCCAGCCGCGGCUUCUGUCUUGUGAAAUCAUGAUGAUCGUGGGUUUCCCUUCUGGCCUGCUUGUCACGCAUUAAAAAGCCGACUGUGCUGAUGAUGAUC